UAUAGUCAAGCCUACCCCACUCUCGUGCACUCUACACGAGGGAAUCAGUUUUCCACCAAACGAUGGCUGUUGUUCUUCUCGAACAAAUCACACAAAGUUUCUUCUAAAUUUUGCAAAUAACAAAGAAUCAGAUUUACACUAGUUAGUAGACUAUCGAAACAAGCACCGCUCAUUUACCCAAGUGGCAAGUAGUUAAAUCGCGCACAUGUUCGCUGUGAAUAAAAUAGAGUGCUCUUUACAAGUAGUCCCAAAAUUAAACGAAAGAAAGUGAAGUUUUCCGAAGCGUGAAGAUUUCCCGGAAUUGGAGAGGCUCGUCUGCCAGACAGGAGAAAUACGUACUUCUGCCUUUUCCAGAAACAUUAAUCAGUAUUAUUAGCUAAAAUUCGUCAAAAAAGAGGAACAGUUUAGCUCGAAAACCAGUAGCAGGGUACGAAAAUCGAUUCGCCUUGUUAUUCUACAAAACGUGCCCCUGCCCUAGGAUGGAAAUUCACAGCAGAUUUGAUGAGGCCCGAGGAAUUUGCGAGCUGUGGCUUGAAGCGAUUCGCAACUGUCGGAGUUAAAUUGUUUUUGUGCGCUUUGUGUACAAUCAAGUAGUAGCCUAGAUAGAUCUACAAUGGAUGCUUCCGUUCUGAUAGCUUGCAUCGCCCUGGUAGGGACAUUGCUCAUUGUCCUGUUGCUGCUGUGCCGAUUGAUUCAACCAUACGAUAUAGCUUGGUUUUUAUCUAACCGAGAGGACAAAAUAAGACUAUCAAAAAUGCAGCUGUACAACCCGAACGGCUACUUGAUGCAUUCCGGCUCAGAAAUCCUGCUAGGAUCCACGGGUAGCUUCCAGCGGUUUGACUCAGUUGACCGGGAUUAUAAACCCGCGCACGGACAAGGUCAAGGUCUUACCGUUCCUCCUUGGAGAACUACCUCCGUUGAGGAAUCUGAAAUCCCGCCUCAGCCAUUACGACCAGCUCCUUCACCGAAAGAGCCCAAACUGGUCAGGGAAAAAGCCAUUCUGAGGCAAACCUCGGAACCGAAACCACCUACUGGACCAAUAAUGAUAUCUCCAAUUCCGCGACCGGUUCCCCGCAAGCAACACUCUGCUCCGAUAUCUUUCCCACUGCCAGUGCUCAGUUCACCAAGGGAGAAGCGCUUCCAGCAAGAAUCUCAUUUUUGCACCAACCCAUUUCUGAACGAGCCACCACUGAAUGAAGAAAUUGAUCCUCCUCGACCGGUUUCUCCACCGGUGCCACCCGCUCCCCCCGAUCCUCAACCAGAACCGCCCUUCCUGCAGCGGCUGAUCAAAUCGGCCAACAAUCCAUUCAUAUCCUAUCCUCGGAAACCAGAAGACGAGUGCUUUUUCAGUUUCGAACCAACUGCCGUGCGAUCCGUGUUCGCCGAAGACGAUCCUCUGCGGCGCGCCGAAAAGCGCCUCUCAAAAAUAGAGAAUCUCCGCAAAAUGUCCCGACUAAUUGAAAGCAAUCAAGUGCUGCUAAACAUCUACCAACAAUUUAACGGAACCGUUGAUCGAUCAAGCGAAAGCGAAUCAACUCCUGCUCACUCCACUGCUGGACAUCUUCCGCCAACGCAAAUCAUUGCACCCUCGUCAUCCUCUUCCUCAUCUCCCCUAGUGUCUCCCAAGCUAGUGAACAAUUCUCCGGCUCCGCCCAUUUCAAAUUUCUCACCUCCACCGUCCCUUCCAACAUCAUCGACCACUAAAACAGAUAACAGUAAGUACCAGGAUUCACCCCGAACGGACGUCGUUGAUAACAUUCGAGUUCCGACCGUAUCCAGCAGCAUCAAGCACAUCCUUCGCAAUCGGUCCUUCUCCGAAACCGAGUUCAGCGAGCGAAAGCUGUUCAAAAGUUACGCACUUGUUUCCGAAACAGAACAAUCUGCUCAAGCUCAACUGCUCAAAAAUUCAUCACACAAGGAUUUGAGUCGAUAUUAUAGUGGUUCACCGCAGCCUUCGUGCGCAUCGUAUAGUAACUCUGCGUCCUCUCUCCACAAAACCCUAUCUGAAUCCUUCCUAGAGCAAUACUCAUCCCUUGGACGUACGGAUUCCGCAGGUCCACAGAGUUCGAUCUCGAGUGGAAACACAGCAUCCACAGUUACCACAGAACGUCCGCGAUCGGUGAUGCCCUCGACAUCCAGCGAAUCCGUAGCUUCCCAAUCGUCGGUCAUUUUCAGUGAUCUCGAGCCGGCGCGACCUAUCACUGGCUAUCUGUGCGUUGGAUUACAGUAUGACAAGACUAGUACCACGAUCGAGGGCACGGAGCUUUUAGUAACGAUUCAGGAAGCUAAACAACUGAUUGGCCCGCCUGGUGUUGAAAUGGACACAUUCGUGAAGGUGUUUAUCGUACCGGACGAGAGCAAGGUUCUUCAGACUAAGGUGUUUAAAAAGAGCAAUUACCCGAGUUAUCAGGAGACCUUCAACUUCUGGAUCGCUCAUAGAAACAUCCGACGUUCGCUCUGGUUCCACUUGUAUCAAACCAGUCCCAAGGAGCAGACACUUAUCGGGGAAUGUGAGCUGCAAAUUAACGAAAACAUCAACCGUCCCAUGACUACCUGGUUGAAACUUGUGGAUUCAAGCCUGAAGAAGAGUAAGCUUGGGGAGUUAAUGUUUUCCCUAAGCUACCUGCCAACAGCGGAACGGCUUACGGUGGUCGUGGUUAAAGCCCGCAAUUUGAACCUCAAAAGUCGAGCAAAUCGCUUGAAACAGCAACAACAGCAGCUGCAGUUAAUAACAUUCGAUGACCAACCGGAAUCACUAUCGGACAACCCGGAAGAGGUUGACUCCAGUGAAGGGAUUUUCGUUAAGGUUUACUUAUUGAAAAAUGACAAAAAAGUAUCGAAGAAGAAAACUUCCGUCAAGCGAGGCGAGCGAUCGCCAAUCUACAAUGAAGCGAUAAUUUUUAGCGUUCCUCCGUACAUGUUGAACACCAUUCAGAUUCGCUGCUCUGUGGUACAGAUGACCAAUCGGGAGGGCGCUCCAAACAACAAUCCCGUACAUUCCUCCACAUUUGAUAUUAAUGACAGCCUCAACAACACACCAAUCGCCAACGGCAACACCAGCAGCAGCAGCACCAGUAGUUUAAGCAGGAGACAAAGUGUUAAGAUGAUUUCAGUGGGUCAUGUGAUCGUUGGCAGUGGAACGACUGGAAAAGGUUUGCGCCACUGGCACCAGAUGCUGACCACGCUCCGGAAGCCGGUUACCAUGUGGCACGCACUGAAGACUACUUCGGAGCGAAAGCGCAGUCUGCUGGGCGCACAGACGGAGCAAGACAGUGACUAAAACCUCUAGUAGGCUGUUGUUUAUCGAGAGCAGGGAAAUGGAAAGUGUAACAGUUAUGAUAAUAAUGAUAAAAUAGCAUUUAACGUUAGCUAAUAUUGUCGGUUAAAACUACAGAAGCAUAUUGUAUAAGAAUCGUUAGAUAAACCAAGAAUAUUUCAUAUAUACCAACAUUUUCAUCGUCGAUCGCCAAAAUUAUAUAUAUACAAAACAUAUACUGUAAUGUAUUUUCUCUCAAACAAGGAGAAAACAACAUCACACUUCUUUGCUAAUCGAAACAACAAAUCACGCAACACAAUGACAAACUAUUCUAAUAAAAUUGUUAUUUUCAUCUGUCGAACGGAUUCGAAGCAGCAGAACUAUCAGAUAUCUCACGUAACAUUAUACAGAGUUUUUCCUAUCAAUUUGAUAAAAUAAACUACUCGGAUAUUCUUUUCCUC